AUGAGUAAAACGAAGCAAGGUCUCCUUCCUAGCUUAGAAGAUCUACUUUUCUAUACUAUUGCAGAAGGACAAGAAAAAAUACCAGUUCAUAAAUUCAUAACUGCACUCAAAUCUACAGGAUUACGUACAUCUGAUCCCCGAUUGAAAGAGUGCAUGGAUAUGUUAAGACUGACCCUUCAAACAACUUCAGAUGGUGUUAUGCUGGACAAAGACCUUUUUAAAAAGUGUGUACAAAGUAAUAUUGUGUUGCUUACUCAAGCUUUCAGGAGGAAGUUUGUCAUUCCAGAUUUUAUGUCGUUUACUUCACAUAUUGAUGAGCUAUAUGAAAGUGCUAAAAAACAAUCUGGAGGAAAGGUUGCUGACUAUAUUCCACAACUGGCCAAGUUCAGCCCUGAUUUGUGGGGUGUUUCACUUUGCACAGUGGAUGGACAGAGGCAUUCUGUUGGCGAUACCAAAGUUCCAUUUUGUCUUCAGUCCUGUGUAAAGCCUUUGAAAUAUGCUAUUGCUGUUAAUGAUCUUGGCACAGAGUAUGUGCACAGAUAUGUUGGUAAAGAGCCUAGUGGAUUAAGAUUCAACAAAUUGUUCCUGAAUGAAGAUGACAGGCCUCAUAACCCUAUGGUGAAUGCUGGAGCAAUUGUGAUCACAUCUUUAAUCAAGCAAGGAGCAAAUAAUGCAGAAAAAUUUGACUAUGUGAUGCAAUUCAUGAAUAAAAUGGCUGGUAAUGAGUAUGUUGGAUUCAGUAAUGCUACGUUCCAGUCUGAAAGGGAGAGUGGAGAUAGAAACUUUGCAAUCGGCUAUUACUUGAAAGAAAAAAAGUGCUUUCCUGAAGGCACGGAUAUGGUUGCUAUACUUGACUUCUAUUUUCAGCUUUGCUCAAUAGAGGUAACGUGUGAAUCGGCAAGUGUGAUGGCAGCAACUCUGGCUAAUGGUGGCUUUUGCCCCAUCACUGGUGAAAGAGUACUGAGUCCUGAAGCAGUCCGGAAUACCUUGAGUUUAAUGCAUUCCUGUGGCAUGUAUGACUUUUCAGGGCAGUUUGCCUUUCAUGUUGGUCUUCCUGCAAAAUCUGGAGUUGCUGGUGGAAUUCUUCUGGUUGUUCCUAAUGUCAUGGGCUUAAUGUGCUGGUCACCUCCUUUGGACAAGAUGGGCAACAGUGUUAAAGGAAUUCACUUUUGUCACGAUCUGGUUUCUUUGUGCAAUUUCCAUAACUACGAUAAUUUGAGACACUUCGCAAAAAAGCUUGAUCCUCGCAGAGAAGGUGGUGAUCAGCGGGUAAAGUCUGUGAUAAAUCUGCUGUUCGCUGCCUACACGGGGGAUGUGUCUGCACUCCGGAGGUUUGCUCUGUCAGGAAUGGAUAUGGAGCAGAGAGACUAUGACUCACGAACAGCCCUGCAUGUAGCAGCUGCAGAAGGACAUGUGGAUGUUGUGAAGUUUCUACUAGAAGCAUGUAAAGUGAAUCCUUUCCCCAAAGACAGGUGGAAUAACACUCCUAUGGAUGAAGCUUUACAUUUUGGACACCAUGAUGUAUUUAAAAUUCUUCAAGAAUAUCAGGUCCAAUACACUCCAUCAGAGGAUUCCAACAACGGGAAGGAGAACCGAACGGUUCAUAAAAAUCUAGAUGGCUUACUAUAAUCAUCUUCAGCUAGAUCCUAAGAAUCAAAUCACUUACCUGUUUAAUUGUGGUAUACAUAAGUAAUGAAGAGCGUGUGUGUUUCUAUCCAAUAGUGGUAUAUAUUUUACAGAAGUCUCUGUUACUUCAGUGUUAUGUUACAGGAGUUUCUAUACGCACAGGACAAAUCCAAUUUCUCU